UUGGAUUGUGUUGACAUUUUUUUCUUUUCUCCUCGAUCCACACUCAAACGGGUGCGGUAAUGGUAAACACAGACAGAUGGAUUAUUGUGCAAAAACCAGAUUUCGCAAUUACUGCUCAUACAUUUUCUAUUUUUCCCGAUUUUCCUUAUAAUAAAUUAGGAAGUUUGAGUUUCUAUUUUCAAGAUGUCCACAUGACAUGUAAGAUUCAGGUGUGUCCGUCAGGAGCGAAUUGGUUUACGAUUCCAAAGUCCAAAGAACGGUUUAUUAAGUAGGUCGAUUACUCCUUGUGGUAACGGUAUCCACCCGAAAUGGCUCAAAGACAAACAAAGAGUAACACCCUUCCCACCAGGAGUGAUAACGAGGUCGAAAUUAGGAGAGAGUUGGGCGAUUGGAAGCGUGUUCUUGAAUUGCUGGAAUCUACCAAAGGGAAAGGAACCACGAAUGCGGAACCCUUGAUGAAUUUCUUGUACGGUGAAUCACGUCUCGAACAAUGGUUGGAGGAACAUCAGCCAACGGAAAAAUAUAUUUCAAAGGCGAGAUCAACGCUAAUCGAUGUUAAAAAAACGAUUCUCCUCUGUCUCAGUCAAACCGGCGAUCAGUCCGGACUGCGAACAGAUGCACACAUUCUUCUCGCAAAAAUCAAUUAUGCGUCCGCCCUAUUCGAAGAAACCUUAGAAGAAUUAGAAAAGUCAAAGUUUGAACAGAUUGACGCUGUUGCCCAAACCGUUCGAAAUUUACAGUUGAUGGCUGAAGCAAAUGCAAUGAAAGCCCAUUGUAUCGAGAAAGUUGGACGGUCCUGGAAAGGCUGCAACGGGAUGAGUGAAGCGGAAAGGAAAAAGGAAUCAACUCGACUCUAUCUGAAAUCGGCAGACCUGGCGAUUGCUCAUUUUCAACAAUUGGAGAAAGUUGCUCAACAAACUAGUACGCCGACGUCUUCCACUGCGCCGCCACCACCGAUGGCAACAAGUCCAAGUCCAAACCCCUUGUCGAACCAUCCCACUCUAGAAAAAAAGAGGGCUUCCUCCCUCCUCGAUUACGCAAUCAGGAGAGGACCCACCCUACUCUUGGAAGAUGGCCGUUCAGAAGAAGCCGUAAAAAGAAUACAUUGGAUGCUUCGGUCACAAGAGAGUCAGUUAUUCGCUCCGAUUCGGUUAAUCCUUAGCCGUCGCCUUGUCGAAGUAUUACUUCGCUUGAAAUGGAAUCCGUCUUCUCUUCCAACAAUCAGUGUUGACACGCUACGGCCCAAGUAUCACGUCGGUGCUAAAAUAUUUGACCCUGCGAAUGUGUGGGAAGAAGUUUUCCUGGUGCUUCUACUGGCUGAAGGGAUGGUUGUGAGGGAUGGUGUGCUCAAUCAAGCUCCAGAGUUUGCUAAAGCGAGAAAGUUGGCAAAUUUGAACGCUGCAUCAGUUUUUAAUCUGCUCGCAUUAACGGCAGCUCGAUGGGGGCAAUAUUCGCUCGUAAAUGAGUCGAUGGAUAAAGCGCUGAAAUUCUCGUUCGAAGAACCCCACCUAUGGAAGCAGUAUGGAUUGUCGUUCCAUGCUAGUGGACACAUCACGAGAAGAAGCAUUGCAACACUUGUGGAAGCUUAUAAAUUGAAUCCAAAAUGCACUAGCUUACUCCUCAUGGCUGCGAAGGAACAAUUUACGAGGUUGAAUGUAAAAUCUGGUCUUGAUUUUGUUCAUCAAGCGAAAAAGAAGGAAGAGGAUUGGAAGCAGAAAUUGGCAUCCAGAGUUUUACUGUACGAAGGCAUCGGAUACUUUCUCCAGUCAUUUGAAAAAUUCAUGCACCAGCAGCGAUGUGAAAGAUUGGAUGCUUCCUUAGGAGUCAUGCAUGAGGCAUCAGAACUAGAUCCACAUGACUAUUUAACGCUUCAUUGGCUUGCGAGAAUAAAUGCGUGGAAGGGGAGCACGAAUGAAGCGUUUGCAGUUGCGAUCCGAGCACUUCGAGUAUUUCCAUUUCAUCUUCCAACUCUCCAACUUGUCGUCCUCCUGUUAUCUGCGCAAAAGAGUUAUUCCGAUGGAUUAGCUAUCGUUGAGGAAACUUUGGACGAAUAUCCUGAACAUUUGGGAUUUCUCCAACUUAAAGCUGCUCUAGAAGAGAAGAUUUUGGGACCAGAGGUUGCUCUUGGAACUUUAAAGCAAAUGUUGGUAAUUUGGAAGAAAUUGUUUGACGACGGCAACUUCCCAUUGAGAUGUGACAGCCCAGACUCAAGAUAUCCAGGGGGUGGAAUGGGAACCUUGCAGCUUCCGUCACCAACCGACAAAGAAUCUGUUUCUGCAGCAUCGUUUAGAGCUGCACCAUCCAUGACCGGAUCCUCCACUAAUACGGCUACAUUGACUGGAGGGUUCAGAGCUGAUGCUGCUCUUUCUGAAAUUGCCUCGUCAAUUUCUAUCCACAAUUCCGUACUGCAUUCCACUACACAAAGUGAAUUGGCAUGGGCCGCUCAAAUCAAUAUCUGGCUCAUGAUUACUGAUAUUUAUUUAAAACUUGACCAGCCCAAUCAAGCAGUGUCAUCGCUGGAUGAAGCUUCUCAGAUUUCUUACACCCAUCCCGAUGUCCUUUACUAUCGUGGCCAGGUUGCUGAAUAUUGUAAAGAAUAUUCUGAAGCAAGAAUUGCCUACGAAAGCGCAAUUGCUGUUCGUCCUACUCAUAUUCGAGCUCUGCAAAGUUUGGCCCUGAUGCAACAUUACUUUGGAUCACAUCGUCUUGCUGAGAAAACUCUUCAAGACGCCCUCAAACUCGAUCCGUACGAACACCACACUUGGUACAACUUGGGGAAAGUGUUGGAAGCUCUGGGCGAAUGCUCAGAAGCUGGUGACUGUAUGGCCACCGCUCUAGAAAUUGAAGCCAUCGCUCCCAUCCUUCCAUAUUCAAUAAUCCCAGUGUGCUUCGAGUGAGUAAUAGUCACAAAGUGUUAAAUCAUUAUUAUGAAAAUGUUCAUUCAUUGCAGUAUUUUCCACUAAAGUUCCGAAACUAUUCUUACCUCUCUGCUACAUAUAAUGACAGUAGUCAGUAUUUAGCUUGUUCAAAUGUCACGUUUGACCGAAUUAUAUAUCAUGUUAUAUUUAUUAUGCGACAUAUAUCAUAUCAUAAUUUAUGGUAUCGGUAUAUCUGAAUAAAUUGAGCCUGAAUUUUAUUGACAUAAUUAAA